AUCAUGAGCUUACGGGACACCCUGUAUAUUAAGCAAAAAAAAUUAAAUAAUGGUUAAAUCGGAAACCGUUGAAGAUGCGUAUAGAGGAAAGUAUUCGACGAAAAGAAAGAAAAGGAGCGAAAAUCCUAAUACUUUCAAACAUACAUUUGAAAUAUCACUGAUAAUGCAUUUUUUCCAUAUAACCAAGAACGUAUUCAGCAAAAUAUUUUAAAUCGUUAACGUUCGAACGAGUACAGAAGUAGCCAAAUUUCCAAAAUCAUUCAAUCCUCUCCUUUCCACAUUCAAACCUCAAAGGUAUUGUUAACGUGUUCGUGUCGUCGAAUGGUUGAUAAGCCGCGAAUUUUUUUUAUGGAAAUAUUUAAAUUGAUUUGAAAUAGCAGAUGAAACGAAAAUAUCAACGGGCUGGUUAUAGUAACCCCCCAACUGCGAUUAACUCAAGUGGAGGAUCCCUAAUCCAACAGCGUCCUUCCGGCGCUUCCUACUCACCAAUGCGUGGACCAAUUCAAACACCUCCAGGGGGAAAACGUCCCGUAGAUACUAGACCUUCAUUGCAACAGAAAAGUGACUACGGCCAUAGUACUAGUAAAAAGAAGAAGAAGCUUGCCGACAAGAUUCUUCCGCAAAAAGUACGAGAUUUAGUGCCGGAAAGUCAAGCUUACAUGGACCUUCUGGCUUUCGAGAGAAAACUAGACGCUACCAUAAUGCGCAAACGAUUAGACAUACAAGAAGCAUUGAAGAGGCCAAUGAAGCAGAAACGCAAGCUUAGGAUUUUUAUUUCCAAUACAUUCUAUCCUGCUAAAGAGCCGUGUCCGGAUGCGCCUGAUGGUCAAGGACAAGAAGGAUCCGUUGCUUCUUGGGAACUGCGUGUUGAAGGAAGACUAUUGGAUGAUUCCAAAAAUGAUCCGAACAAAGUGAAGAGAAAGUUCUCGUCAUUUUUUAAAUCAUUAGUAAUCGAGCUGGACAAGGAUUUGUACGGACCUGACAACCAUUUAGUUGAGUGGCAUCGCACUCUAACCACUCAGGAAACUGAUGGUUUCCAGGUGAAAAGACCAGGCGACAAAAAUGUAAGGUGUACAAUCCUUUUACUAUUGGAUUAUCAACCGUUGCAAUUUAAGCUGGAUCCGAGACUGGCCAGAUUAUUGGGUGUUCACACCCAAACACGCCCAGUAAUCAUUUCAGCUUUAUGGCAAUAUAUUAAAACUCACAAACUCCAAGACUCACAUGAGCGUGAAUUCAUUGUAUGCGACAAAUAUUUAGAACAAAUCUUCAAUUGCUCUAAAAUGAAAUUUGCCGAGAUUCCGCAACGAUUGAAUCCUCUAUUGCAUCCUCCAGAUCCAAUCGUUAUUAAUCAUGUUAUUUCAGUAGAAGGUGGAGCUGAAAGCAAACAGACCGCAUGUUACGACAUUGAUGUUGAGGUGGAUGAUACUCUAAAGGCUCAAAUGAACAACUUUUUACUGAGUACCGCCAGUCAACAGGAGAUACAAGGACUGGAUUCCAAGAUCCAUGAAACUGUGGAUACUAUUAAUUCAUUAAAGACUCAUAGAGAAUUUUUCUUGAGCUUUGCCAAGGACCCGCAACAGUUUAUCCAUAAAUGGAUCGUAUCACAGACUCGAGACUUGAAGACAAUGACCGAUGUCGUUGGUAAUCCCGAAGAAGAACGAAGAUCAGACUUUUUCUAUCAGCCAUGGGCCCAAGAGGCAGUGUGUCGUUAUUUUUACACAAAAGUGCAGCAGAAACGUGCGGAAUUGGAACAGGCGUUGGGAAUCCGAAACAAUUAAUGGUAGGGAGUAAAUACAUUUUUUUCUUCUUUGCGAUUGUGUAACUGUUAAAUCCAUUACAUAAACGAUGAUUUUCCAUUAACAGCUAAACAAAUAUUUGAGUGGUAAAAUGUAAUAAAAAGUAAAGUGUG